ACAUGGCAACCAGGUGGGGAAUCUGCGGCGCAGGAAAGAUCAGUCAUGACUUUACUGUGGCUCUGAAAACUCUUCCUGCUGAAGACCAUCAGGUUGUGGCUGUUGCGGCUCGUAAAUUGGAGGACGCUCAGGAGUUUUCCAGAAAACACAACAUCUCUCAGGCUUACGGCAGCUAUGAGGAGCUGGCCAGAGAUCCAGAUGUAGAUGUUGUGUAUGUUGGAGUCAUCCACCCCUGCCAUCUGAAGGCCUGUAAACUUUUCAUAAAUGCCAAAAAGAAUGUUCUGUGUGAGAAGCCACUGGCCAUGAACACCAAAGAAGUGAAAGAGAUUCUGGACUCUGCCAAAAAGAAUGACGUCUUCCUCAUGGAGGCUGUGUGGACCCGUUUUUUGCCAGCCUCUGUGGAGAUCAGAAAGUCGUUGACUCAGGGGGAGAUAGGAGAGGUGAAGAUGGUCGGUGCGGAGUAUGGUGUGCCACUAUUCCACGUGCCAAGAUCAGAUCAGAAGGACCUCGGUGGAGGAGCAUUACUAGGUCUUGGCAUCUCCUGCCUUCAAUUCAUAAGUAUGGUGUACAAUGGAGAGAAGCCAGAGAGUAUUAAAGCCAGCGGGGUCUGCCUGGAAACUGGAGUGGAUGAGAGUGUUGCUGUCAUUCUUCAGUAUUCUAAAAACAGAAUGGCAACGUUCACCUGCUCUGCUGGGGUUGAGCUGCACAGUGAAGCCUUUAUUGCUGGGACAAAAGGCAUAAUAGAGGUAGGUUACCAAGGAUGGCAUGGCAACAAUUCAAAAAGACCGUUGAGUAUGUUUAGUAGUUUGAGUGUUUUUAUGUAG